AUGGGACUCAUGGACUUCCUGACCCUCUACGAGAAGGGCUCAGGCCAAAAGGUUAAUUUGGCAAAGAGUUUCUUCAUCCUCUCGAAGAAAAGCCCUCGGGGUCGGGCAAGACAUGUUUCUUCUUUAACAGGUUUGAAUAGGAGACGCCUUCCGAUAGACUACUUGUGGUGCACGCUUUUCAAAGGCCGGUCCAAGGGGAUCUAUUUCCAACCUUUUGUAGCAAAGGUUUCCCAGCGCCUUGCUGGGUGGCAGAGCAAGCUCUUAACAGCAAGUGGACGACUUAUAAUUAUUAAGCACGUUCUAGCUGCAAUGCCUCUACAUACUAUGGCCAUCUUGGCCCCUUUUAAGUUGACCCUGAAAACACUAAAGAAAUUGAUGGCUCGUUUCUUCUUGGCAAUUUGGAUGGAGUACAGAGGAGGCACUGGCUCUCAUGAGAUAAAUUAUGUUACCCAGUGGAGGAAAAUGGCCUUGGGUUCCAACGGCUUGAUGACGUAUGCAUGGCCUUCAAUUGCAAGCUUUGGUGGAAAUUUCGAUCCCAUGUGA